AUGCAAAUAAAGUAUAAGACGAUCGAAUCAUUCAACAAUUUAAAAGUUUUCAAUAAAAUCAAUCUUAAAUUACCCCUAGAUAAGCAAAUUGAUACUGUUGGAAAGCUGCCCCCGAUUCCAAAUUAUGAGAAACAUUUAAUGAUUAUUGAUAAAAAUGAUGAUUCAAAUAAUUGGAUGCAAGGUUGGGGUAGUAGAUUAGAAAUGAAUGACUCUUGGCCAUACAACUUAGUAGGUUUAUUUAAAAAUGAAAUUAAUAAAUACAAAAAAAAUGGGGUAAUGACAAGCGUUGUGAAAUUAAAGCAAAGUACAGAUGUGUUCACGGAAAUUAGGGGUAACCCAACAAAUGACAGUGCUUUAAUUUAUGUUAUACCUGAUAUGAAAUUGUAUACAAUUAGGAAUGAUGAAUCAACAGCGGUUGAGUUUAUCAAAUAUGUCAUUAAAGAUUUGAAAGUAAGUGAACAAUUACAUUUCCAAGACUAUUUAAAGAAAGGAGGUCUUAAGACACCGACGGUAACCAAGGCUGACAGCAUUGUUGGCGUUACUAAACGGUUUGAAGGAAGAAAAUUGACAAAUGAUUGGAUAUUGGUGUGUGGCCAUAAUGAGAGAGAUUGCAGAUGUGGAUACCUCGCACCGUUACUUGUCGAUGAAUACAUGAAAUUCGAUAAAAGAAGCAACAUUGGUAUAAUUUCGCAUGUCAGUGGUCAUAAAUUUGCUGGUAAUGUUAUUCAUUAUAAAUAUGAACCUUCUAAGAAUUCAAUGGAUUCAUUUUGGUUUGGUAGAGUAUUGCCGCCAAUGGUUCACUCGUUGGUGGAGAAUCUAAAGAAUAACAUAGUAAUUAAAAACGUUUUCCGUGGAUCGAAAGAAUUGAGAGAACCCCCUUGCCAGAAACAGUAA